CCAUAUACCAUUUUAGUCCUUUUCUUUUCUUAAACCCUAAACCUUGGCACCAAUACCCUUUAGGCAGCAGCAGCUUCCUUCAAAUGCUGUUUUCUUUUUCUCUAUCUCUGUUUUAGGGUUUUGACUGAGUUGAGACAUCAAUGGCGUUGUUCCUUCUCUACGAAUCCGCUUCGGGAUACGCGCUGUUCGAGGCUCAUGGCCUCGACGAAAUCGGACAGAACACUGAAGCGGUUCGGAACUCGGUUUGGGACUUGAACCGGUUCGGCAAAGUCGUCAAGCUUCGCUCUUUCAAUCCUUUCACGUCUGCUCUUGAUGCCCUGAAGCAGUGCAAUGCCAUCUCUGAAGGACUAUUAACUGAUGAGUUAAGGACUGUUUUGGAGACUAACUUGCCUAAAGUCAAGGAAGGUAAGAAGUCCAAGUUCAGUUUAGGAGUAUCUGAUCCUAAGAUUGGUUCGCAGAUAUCUGAAGUGACUAAAAUUCCGUGCCAAAGUAAUGAGUUUGUGAGUGAACUUCUUCGUGGUGUGCGGUUCCAUUUUGAUAGGUUUGUCAGUGAUCUCAAGUCUGGAGAUUUGGAAAAGGCACAACUUGGUUUGGGGCACAGUUACAGCAGAGCAAAGGUGAAAUUCAACGUUAAUCGAGUUGAUAAUAUGGUCAUUCAAGCUAUCUUUCUUCUUGAUACACUUGAUAAGGAUAUCAAUUCAUUCUCCAUGAGAGUCAGAGAGUGGUAUUCAUGGCAUUUUCCUGAGCUGGUGAAAAUUGUAAAUGAUAAUUAUCUGUAUGCUAAAGUUUCAAAAUUUAUUGAGGACAAGUCAAAGUUGUCUGAAGACAAGAUUCCCGGCUUAACUGACAUAGUUGGAGAUGAAGACAAAGCAAAGGAGAUUGUGGAAGCUGCCAAAGCCUCCAUGGGACAGGAUUUGUCCCCUGUGGACUUGAUCAAUGUCCAGCAAUUUGCACAGAGGGUAAUGGACCUAUCUGAAUACAGGAGGAACCUCUAUGAUUACUUGGUUGCUAAAAUGAAUGAUAUUGCACCAAAUUUGGCUUCUUUAAUUGGUGAAGUUGUUGGUGCUCGUUUGAUUUCACAUGCCGGUAGCCUCACAAAUUUAGCUAAGUGCCCUUCUUCAACUCUUCAGAUUCUUGGUGCUGAGAAGGCUUUGUUCAGGGCAUUAAAAACAAGGGGGAACACUCCCAAAUAUGGUCUGAUAUUCCACUCUUCUUUUAUUGGUCGAGCAUCUGCUAAGAAUAAGGGCCGAAUGGCUCGUUAUCUUGCAAACAAGUGCUCAAUUGCAUCACGGAUUGACUGCUUUUCUGAAAGGGGUUCUACUGUUUUUGGGGAGAAACUCCGGGAGCAAGUUGAGGAACGACUUGACUUUUAUGACAAGGGAGUUGCCCCUCGCAAGAACAUAGAUGUCAUGAAGUCUGCUAUUGAAAGUGCUGAAGACAAAGUUGUUGCAGAUACAGAUACGGAAACAGAAGUGCCUGUUGAAGUUUCAGGCAAGAAAGGCAAAAAGAAGAAGCAAAAAGCUGCUACUGCAGAUGGUGAUGACAUGGUUGUAGAUAACCCUGCAGAAGUUACAAAUGGUGAUGUAGGGGAGGAUCAUAAAUCAGAGAGGAAAAAGAAAAAGAAAGAGAAAAGGAAAUUGGAAGAGGAGAUGGAGCAGGCUGAAGAUGAUGGUGCCAAUGGGGUCGCAAGUGAGCAAAAUGGAGCAGUUAAAAAGAAUAAAAAGGAUGAAAAUGGAGAAGUGCUGGAGGCUAUUAAUGAAUCUAAGAAGAAGAAAAAGAAAUCAAAAAGGAAGGAUAACGAGUAAACCAGAUGUAUUGCAAUAUUAACUGUCGAAAUCAAUUUGU